AUGCCGGGCGCGGGCUGGCGGCGGCACGUGCGCGCGGAGCUGCAGCGGCGGGAGCGGCGCGCGCGGGGCCUGCGGCUGCUGCUGGAGCGACGUGAGAGGGCCGAGGGGACUCCCCGCCACUGGGGCCUCUUCCCGGGGGCGCCCUGGUCAGCGGGGCGGGGGCCACAUCCCCGCAGGGCGGCUGGGAGCUCCUCCGCCCAGCCCCCUCCUCCAUUAGACCCCACCCCUCCGGCUCAGUUUCCCCGGCCACUCUGGGCAGCUCCCAAGCGAGGGUUAAAAACAAGGCAGCAUUAAAUAGUAAAAACUGCCUUCAGGGGUUUUUAAAGAUAGGAGAGCUGCUUCUUUCCUUGACAUCUGGUGGGAGGGCAUUCCACAGGGUGGGUGCCACCACCGAGAAGGCCCUCUGUCUGGUGCCCUGUAACUUGGCCUCUCGCAGGGAGGGAACCGCCAGAAGGCCCUCGGAGCUGGACCUCGGUGUCCAGGCAGAACGAUGGGGGUGGAGACGCUCCUUCAGGGAUACUGGACCGAGGCCGUUUAGGGCUUUCAAGGUCAGCACCAACCCUUUGAACUGUGCUUGGAAACAUCCUGGGAGCCAAUGCAGAUCUCUCAGAACCGGUGUUCUGUGGUCCCAGCAGCUGCUCCCAGUCACCAGUCUAGCUGCCGCAUUCUGGAUAAUCCAUCUCCAGCCGCCACUGCCUCUUGGGGCAGGGAGUUCCGCCGUUUUAGGCGCCGCAGGAGAACGCCUCUCCCGCCAUUCAGCCUCCUUGGCUGCCCCCAAGUUCUGCUGGGACCAAAGGGGGAGAAAAGCUUUCCUCUCUCCACUUUCUCCAUGACAGUAAUAAUUUUAUCAGCUUCCAUCAUGCUGCCUCUUCCUCAUCUUUUCUCUUGACAAAUAAGCCCGCCCCCUGAUCAUUUUCCCCGUGACCCUCAGAUGAAGGGCAGCAUAGAACAGGAAUAAAUAAUAAUUUGGUGACCCUUUUCUGAACCUUUUCCAACUUGGCAAUAUCCUUUUUCAGGUGAGAUAACCAGAACCGCACAGAGUUAUUCCAAAUACAGUCACACCAUUGAUUUGCAUAACGUCCAUAAUUAUGCCAAGGAUCCCUGGUGUGGGGAUUGGCCUUUUUCGCGCUGCCACCCCCUGGGCCCACACCUUUGGGAGUCUGAAGAUGUUUUCUGGUUAGACAGAAGCUCUGGGAGGCUAUAAAGCAGGGCAGAGAGGCGUGAAGCCUGGCAGGAGUUUCAAGGGCCGGGCAGAAAGGGCUGGAGGGCCGCUUCCCUGCCAUAGAGUCAGAAUAGGAUCUUCUUGGCUCUCUGCCUGGUGCAGAAUCCUGCAACUGCUACUUUCCUGGCGCCUUCCAGAGGUUGUGGGACUACAACUCCCAGCAGCCACCAAGUGGCUUGUGUGUUUCCUUUGCUGUGAUUCCUGCACCGCAGGGGGUUGGGCUGGAUGACCCCUAGGGCCCCUUCUGCUGGCAACCAUUGCCUUGAACAUCAGAACCACCUGCUGGAGGGGCCAAAGUGGGGCCCCCGAGCCCAGCGUCCUGAUCUCGCAGCAGCCAGACAGACGCCUCUGAUGGGAAGCCACCUGGCAGGAUUCGAACACAAGAGCAGCUCUCCCCACGAUUACCAGCAAACGGCCUUCAUCCUCCCUAGUAGCCACUGAUAGGCCUGUCCGCUGCAAAAUUGCCCAACUCUCUUUUAAAGCCGUCCAAGUCGGUGGCCAUUUUGCUACCUCCUGUGGGAGGGAGUUCCGCAGGUUAACAGCAUGCUGCAUGAAGAAGUUGCUUUCUCUCCCCAGCCUUUUGAGAGGCAAGUGGGGCAGUGGAGGCCUAGGGUGGGGCUGCCCUUUCUAAAAGCCCCUUUGCCCAGAGACCUCCUUCCUUCCCAGCCCCCUCCUGAGACGCUCCUCCUUGCUCUUCCAGAUGAAAAACUGUACGGCCGCCUGGAUGCUCUGCAGACCCUGCUGGCAGCGGCGGAGGAGGAGGGGCAGUGGUCCUGCCGGUGAGUGCGCGGGGUGGGGUGCUGGCAUGGGGGGAGGACGGGCAUUUGCUGAACUGGGGGGGGGUCCUCUUCUGGCUUUUUCCUUCUUUGUUAUACAUUUUUAUUGAUUUUUUAACAUAUCAGUUCCAACAGUCAUACAACAUAUUUUCUCAUAAAAUGUUUUAGACUUCUGUCAGCACCUCUGAAGAUUUUCCAUUCUUUAUCACUUAUUCUGCAUUUCAUAAUUUCUAUAUUGCGUUUAAUUAUCCUUAACUAAUAAUUCUUUUCGUGGUCUUCUAAUAUUUCAAAUAAUCCACCUUGCAAAACUGUUCAUCACAAUUACUUUUCAAAUAGUUCAUAUGUUUACUCCAGUCCUCUGAGAAUCUCUGAUCCCGCAGAGAUUCGAAGGUUCGAAUCCUACCUGUUAGUUUAUCUAGUCCCCCUCUUCUGGCUUUUUCCAGGCCCCCCCAGGAAGUGGCCUCCGUCCGGGUGCAGCAGGAGAUGGAGCUGAUCGAACUCCGGAAAGAGAGAGAGGAGGUGAGUGGAGGCUCCGCAAGGGCCUGGAUCGGGGCCAGCUCCGUCGGAUUAUGGAAUUGUGGGGCGGGAGGAGCUCCCCAGGGGUCAUGUAGUUCAACCCCUUGCAGUGCUGGAAUCUCAAGGCUGACAUCUCCCACAGACAGCCACCCAAUCUCUGCUCCCGGGACAAAAAACGUAGGGGUGCAAAUGCGGGAGAGAAAUGAAUAAGUGCUGCGCUUGCUUUGCAGUUGCACCAGCGUGUCGCCCUCCUGACGGACAUCCUGAGGGAGGUGGAGGCAGAGAACAAGGAGCAGCGGGCAAAGUAGGAGUCUUGGUCUCUCUGGCCCCCCAGGUGUGGGAGGGAGGGGGGCUCGGCCUUUUAAAGAAGCUGGGUGCAGCUGGUUCGCCGGCGUUGCAUCCCAGCAGCUUUCCUUCCUCCGUUCCCCCCGUCUUUGCUGCAAAAUUCACCAGGAAGCCCACAAAACGUUAGAAAAUGAAAUCUUUCAUCGGCGGGGGUUGGGCUGGAUGACCCCUGGGUGUCCCUCCUGGCUUUCUCUAGGAUCCGGUGCUUUCUGCCCCUCCGCAGGACGAGGCGCCUGGCCCAGGAUCUAGCUGCCCUGACCCGCCGGCACGAGGAGGCGCAGUGCCAGGCCUGGGCGCUUUCCCAGGAGGCCGAGGGGCUGCGCCGGGAGCUGGCCGAGGCGCAGGGACUCAUGCAGGAGGCGCGGCGGAAAAGGGAGGAGCUGGAGGUGCGCUGGGUGCGCGAGAAGGCGCUGGAGGCCGGCCGGCUGAACCAGGCCAACGAGCAGCACGACCGGUGAGCAGAGGGGCUCUGUCCGGAAAGGUGCUCAGGCAGGGGGCUGGGGAGGUGCAGUCGCACCACGGAAGCCAAACGGAAGUCCAUUCGACUUCCAAAACAUUCUGGAACCGAGGCCCGGCUUCCAAGUGGCUGCAGCAAGCUCGAUACAGUACGAUAAUCUUUGUUGUCAUUUUCCCAUACAGAACAACGAAAUUGAAAAAUCUACAUAAGACAUUCAAAACCCAACAAGCCUGCUAUCCCAACCUGGUUAGCUCCCUAAAAACUGAUACCCCAUUUUUAAAUACAAUAUACUCCCAUAGAGACUCCUUACAAUGCGUUUGGAGCCCCGUCGGAUGUCCGGGUUCCAACCAACAUUCGCAAACCAAAACACUCACUUCUGGGUUUGCGGCGUUCAGGAGCCAAAACAUUGGAGUGACAAGACAUUUGGGUCAGAAUUCAUAUGCUGCCCUCUUUGCACAAGGCUUUUCUUCCCUGAAAUCCACUGCAGCCCCAACUCCGUCUCUCUCCCCCCCCCCCCGCCCCAGGUAUCAGCGGAGAGUCCGACGCCUCCAAGAGAAGCUGCAGGAGGCGAGGGAAGCGGCCGGCAUGUGAGUCCGUCUCCUUUUCCUGAGGGAGGGCAAGGGGGUGUCCCUCUCUGGUGGGGCUGCCAUCCCCGCUGGGCCUUGAAGCUCCCUGGGCCACUCUGGCACGCAGCGCGGAGUUGAACUGGGGAACUCCCUCCCACAGGAGGCAGCGGUGAAAGGCGGAGACGAGGCAGAUUCAUGGGCCAUCGGCGGGUCUGCUCCAUCUCCGCAGUUGGAGGUGGCCGUGCUUCUGAAUCCCAGUUGCCGAAGCCACAGGAGGGGGGAGUUGCUCUUGCGCUCGGAUCCUGCCUGCGGGUUCCCAUGAUGGGCGUCUGAUUGGCCACUGCGAGGCCAGGAGGCGGGACUAGGCGGCCCCCCGUUGCCCUGACCCAGCCAUGGUGUCCUUGGGGAACCUCCAGCUCCAGAGGCAGUCUACCUCCAUUCCUCAGUUCUUGGGGGCAUUUGCCCCUGGGAGAACAGGAGGAGGGGCUCCCCUUGGGGCCUUCCAUGGGGGUUAUCAGUCCUGGCACAAGGUUUUGGGGUGCCUUGCUCUCCCCGUUUUGUGAGAGAGAGGACAGCUGCUUCAAUCCUGCCUUAUAGGCUACCAAACCUUUGAAUUAUUGUUAAAAAAAAUAAACUUGUGUGUUUUUGCAACACUUUAAGUUGCCUGUUUUUUGUAGACCUGCUUAGAGAUGUUUUUAAAAUGUAAAGCGGUAUUGAAAUCACUCGACUCUGCUUAAAAACCUCCAAGGGAGGAGAGUCCUAGAUUGAGCGUUUCGUUUUUCACAGUUUUAAAUGUUUUCAAUUUCCCUCUGCGGGGAAAGCAGGGUGCCAUUUUCUAAGAAGAUUCAGUUUGUAGAGGCUGGCCAUGCCUAAUAAUAAUAAUAAUAAUAAUAAUAAUAAUUUAUUAUUUGUACCCCGCCCAUCUGGCUGGGUUUCCCCAGCCACUCUGGGCGGCUUCCAUAGAAACAAAAAAUACAGUAAAAUAUCACAGAUUAAAAGCUUCCCUGAACAGGGCUGCCUUAAGAUGUCUUCUAAAUGUCAGGUAGUUAUUUAUCACUUUGACAUCUGCUGGAAGGGCGUUCCACAGGGCGGGCGCCACUACCGAGAAGGCCCUCUGCCUGGUUCCCUGUAGCUUUGCUUCUCGCAGGGAGGGAACCGCCAGAAGGCCCUUGGCGCUGGACCUCAGCGUCCGGGCAGAACGAUGGGGGUGGAGACGCUCCUUCAGGUAUACUGGGCCGAGGCCGUUUAGGGCUUUAAAGGUCAACACCAGCACUUUAAAUUGUGCUCGGAAACGUACUGGGAGCCAAUGUAGGUCUUUCAAGACCGGUGUUAUGUGGUCUCGGCAGCCGCCCCCAGUCACCCGUCUAGCUGCCGCAUUCUGGAUUAAUUGUAGUUUCCGGGUCACCUUCAAAGGUAGCCCCACGUAGAGCGCAUUGCAGUAGUCCAAGCGGGAGAUAACUAGAGCAUGCACCACUCUGGCGAGACAGUCCGUGGGCAGGUAGGGUCUCAGCCUGCGUACCAGGUGGAGUUGGUAGACAGCUGCCCUGGAUACAGAAUUGACCUGCGCCUCCAUGGACAGCUGUGAGUCCAAAAUGACUCCCAGGCUGCGCACCUGGUCCUUCAGGGGCAGUUACCCCAUUCAGGACCAGGGAGUCCUCCACACCAGCCCACCCCCUGUCCCCCCAAAACAGUACUUCUGUCUUGUCAGGAUUCAACCUCAAUCCAUUAGCCGCCAUCCAUCCUCCAACCGCCUCCAGGCACUCACACAGGACCUUCACCGCCUUCACUGGUUCUGAUUUGAAAGAGAGGUAGAGCUGGGUAUCAUCUGCAUAUUGAUGGACACCCAGUCCAAAUCCCCUGAUGAUCUCUCCCAGCGGCUUCAUAUAGAUGUUAAAAAGCAUGGGGGAGAGGACGGAACCCUGAGGCACCCCACACGUGAGGGCCCAGGGGUCUGAACACUCAUCCCCCACCACCACUUUCUGAACACGCCUUCUGAGCAGCAGCUGCCUUUGCUCUGAAAGCCCCCCACUUUUCCUUAGGAAAGGGGGGUGCCCAACUGCCUGCCCCCAACACGGUCUGCCCCUCUCUCUCGACGCAGGAUUCCCAGGCCGGCAGCUGCAGAAUCGUCCCCCAGCGACAGCACCUUCAGCACGUCUUGCGAGGAAACCAGCGCAGAAGGUGGGAGCAGCCCAAAGGUGGGUGUGGCGGGGGGGGCAUAUUUAGUCAAGUAAUGUGCGCCCCACCUUUCAGGCGAGAGAUUCUUCCAGGGCGGAAGGUUUCUAGGAAAGCAUCAAGCUGCAUUUUCAUACCAUUUGACCUCGGUUUAUUGCGAUCUUGAAAACGACCAAGGGGCUUGGUAGACCUGGAGCCAGUGGUGUGACGCAGCAGCAAAAAAGGGGAAUACUAUCCUAGCUGCAUCAACAGGAGCGUCCAGAUCAAGGGAAGGAAUAAUACCGCUUUAUUCUGCCUUGGUGAGACCAAACCUGGAGCCCUGUGUCCAGUUCUGGGCAUCACAAUUUAAGAAGGAUGUUGACAGGCUGAAAGAGGGCAAGCAGGAUGGAAACCAGGCCUGAUGAGGAAUGGUUGAAGGAGCUGGGGAUGUUUAGCCUGAGAAAGAGGAGAGAUGAGAACCAUCAAAUAUCUGAAGGGCUGUCCCAGGGAAGAUGGAGCAAGCUGGUUUUCUCCUGCUCCCUAAAAAUAGUAAUAAUAAUUUAUUAUUUAUACCCUGCCCAUCUGGCUGGGUUUCCCCAGCCACUCUGGGCGGCUUCCAACAAAAUAUUAAAAUACAAUAGUGUGUCAAACGUUAAAAGCUUCCCUAAAGAGGGCUGCCUUCAGAUGUCUUCUAAAAGUCGGGUAGUUGUUUAUUUCCUUGUUAUCUGAUGGGAGAGGGUUCCACAGGGCAGGUGCCACCACCAAGAAGGCCCUCUGCCUGGUUCCCUGUAACCUCACUUCUCGCAGGGAGGGAACCGCCAGAAGGCCCUCGGAGGAGGACCUCCGGAGGAGAGGACUUGAGGCAAUGGCUUCAAUUUACAAGGAGAUUCCAGCUAACGUCAGGAAGAACCUUUCUUUCUUUUGUUGGGGGUCUUCAAGCAGUUUGGGUGGCCGCCUGUCAGGAAUGCCUGAACUGCGAUUCCUGGGGUUCCCCCUCAAUCCCGCGGUUCUUAGCGCUCCUUCCCCUCCUUCUAGGUUUCAGAAGCAGGACCAGCAGAGUCCAGCCCCCCUCGGGCCUCAUCCCCUCUGGGUCAGCGCACAGCUGCAGGUACCCUUGUCCCUCCUUCCCGGGGAGUCGGUGGGGCAGCAAACUUCCUCCAGGUCCUUAACUUGGCCCCCUCUUUCUCGCCGCAGGUCCGAUUCCCGAGGCAGCCCCCGCCCCGUGAAUGCAGCCUGGCCCUUUCUGAGAAUGUCUGCACGGCCGUCGGUCGGCUUGCUCAGUGGUCACAGCAGGCUUGCAAUGGCACCCGGGUUCUUCAUCUGGACCUCAUGUCACGGAGAGCGUGCUGGUUGUGUGAAUUGCUCAGGAAAAGGGGGCUAAGCCACACCCCACAACCCUGGAGUCGACAAGUUCUUGGGGGUCAGGGGUUGGGCAGCUACCGAAAGCCCCACAUAGCUCUUCUGCGGGUGAGGGUCUUCCUUCUUGCAAAUCCUGGGGGUCAGGGAGCGUCUGGCCCCACAGCGGUGCAGCCAAAGUGGGGAGUCCUUGCUGCAGAUCUGAGAAUCUCUGGCAAGGGGGCUGCUAUUUUCACAGGAGCCCCCUUUCCACUUCUCCCACACACCCUCCCCGUUUUUAAUGCUCAAACCACUUAAUAAAAACUUCCAGACAUCUGUUAACCGUUUUUUAAUUUUCAUUUGUUGCUCUCUGCUCAGACAAUGUAGGAAACAAUAAUGGCCUUUUUAAAAUUUCUUUUUACACGCAUUGCCUGCCCUGCACCUGUUUGUACAGGGGGGCAGCCCUGCAAGGGUUUUUUUUUGGGAGGGGACACAACUGGGCACAAAGCACAGAGACGUUGGCACACACCUGCCCCCUUCGGCAUUUGGGGGCAUGGGGCGGGGCCC